UAACAUUUAAUAAAUACAAAAUGAAACUUUUGAUUUUGUUUGCAAUUGCUUUGGCAGCAACUUGUGCCGAAGCUAGAAUCCUUACCAGAUGUCAAAUUGCUCAAGAGUUGUCAAGACAAGGUUUUCCAAGAGAUUUACUUGAUCAUUGGGUAUGCUUGGUGGAAGCCGAAAGCUCCGGCAACACUGCCGCCGUUGGUCCACCAAACAACGACGGAUCCAGAGACUAUGGACUUUUCCAAAUCAAUAAUAAAUAUUGGUGCCAAAAUGGUGCUCCAGGAAAAGAUUGCAAUGUAUCAUGUGAAGAUUUGCUCACCGAUGAUAUCAGCAGAGCCUCAACCUGUGCCAAGUUGAUCUACAAUCGUCAUGGAUUUAGUGCUUGGUAUGGAUGGCAAGCCAAGUGCCAAACCAGCCGUCCUGAUAUUAGUGGUUGCUUCUAAAACUAUCAAAGAAUUAUUUUUAAACUAAAUCAAAUAAUAUGUUGUAACUUUUAUAUAUAUG